UACCACCGAACCAUUCAUUAUCCAUUAUCUCAUCUCAUAUAAGCCAACACCACACACAACGUCUGCCACUUGCUCAACUCUAGGCCUGUGUUCUUUGAGCACUGUGAUAGAAUAAUGGCUGAUCUUGUUCUUCAAUAUCCAUGCUCUCUAAUUACUCUUGUAGCUCUCUUUUCUCUUUUGCUGAGCCCAGGCUCUUGCUUCAACCCCAAGCAGCUUCUUAAUGUCUCGAAGGUUCAAUCUGCUUCUAAUAAUUGGUCACCCGCCGGUGCAACCUGGUAUGGAAGUCCAACAGGUGCCGGGAGUGAUGGGGGUGCAUGUGGAUAUGGGAAUACGGUAGAGCAAGCCCCAUUCUCUUCAAUGAUAUCGGCCGGAGGGCCUUCUUUAUACGAGUCAGGCAAAGGAUGUGGAGCUUGUUAUCAGGUUAAGUGCAAUACGAAUGCAGCAUGCUCGGGAAAUCCAGUGACUGUAGUUAUCACGGAUGAGUGUCCAGGGUGUACCUCAGAAUCUGUUCAUUUUGAUCUGAGUGGCACCGCUUUUGGUGCCAUGGCAACUUCUGGUCAGGCUGGUCAACUAAGAAAUGCUGGAAUCUUGCAGAUUCAGUACAGAAGGGUCGAGUGCAACUAUCGCGGACAGUCGUUAGCCUUUCACGUAGACUCUGGCUCCAACCCCAACUAUUUUGCUUCCCUAAUUGAAUAUGAACAGGGAGAUGGGGACCUUGGUGCAGUUCACCUAAAACAGGCCCUUGAUUCGGAUACAUGGCUUCCCAUGCAGCAGUCAUGGGGUGCAGUUUGGAAACUUAAUUCGGGCUCAACAUUACAGGCUCCCUUCUCAAUCCGCCUCACCUCGCUCGAGUCUGGCAAUACUGUUGUAGCCAACAACGUCAUUCCGGCUGGAUGGCAACCUGGCCAAACUUAUCGAUCUGUUGUCAACUUUCAAACCUAGCUAGCUAUAUAUAAUGUCUGGCUUUGGUCCCAGCAAAAGAAUUAUAAGAAAAUCAAACAUGUUUCUAGGUAAUUUGCUGGUGGCGUCUGCGACGAUGAAUCAAAGUCAGAUUAGCUAUAAUGUACUUAAGUUUGUCUUCGUGCACCAACGAUGACUAAUAUGGUGUUUACCUAUUGUGGAAAAA